UGAACGUUAUUAUAAUGGUGGCGGAUGUAAUGCGAAAAUGGGUUCUCACUUAAAUAGUUUUUAAAGAAGGAAUGCAAAGAAGAAAAUAGGCCGCUGGUUAAUGAGAACUUGGUGGUGGCACUUUUGAGCUCGGUUUGGAAGAAAAAAUGGCUAUUGAAAUAACGCCGCCCGCGAGUUUGUAAAGGGGACUCGGUGAUGCUUUGAAAACGAUGGUGCCACGGUUCCCUUAAAAAACUGCUUUCUAUUGUUUUUGUUUUUUCUGUUUAAAAUUUUCUCGACAAGAAGAUGUUUCCUUUUCAGAGCUAUCCUGGUGAAGAUUCACUGGUAAGUUCAGCGUUAAAAGUAGAGAAGAAACAAACCGAAGCAUGCAAGAGUCACAAGGAAGCCGAGAGGAGACGCAGGCAGCGUAUAAACGCCCAUCUCUCCACCCUCCGUACUCUCCUUCCCGUCACCAUUAAAACCGACAAGGCUUCGUUGUUAGCCGAGGUGGUGCAGCAAGUGAGGGAGCUGAGAAGGCAAGCAGCUGACGUGGCAAGACAGGAUGGGAACUACUGCAGCAGCAGCGGAUCAUCGGAGAGGGAGGCUUGGCCGUUUCCGGGGGAGUCAGAUGAGUUGAGCCUGAGUUAUUAUCACAACGAAGGCAGAAUCGUAAAAGCAAGUAUAUGUUGCGAGGACAGGGCCGGUCUCAACCGGGAUCUAACCCGGGCCAUUGGAUCAGUUGGGGCCCGGCCAAUCCGGGCUAAGAUGAUGACUGUUGGUGGGAGGACCAAGAGCGUUGUUGUGAUGAAGUGGCUUGGUGGUGGUGGAGAUAAGGAGAUGGGAUUAUUGAGAAGGGCUAUGAAAGAUGCUGUGGAGAAUCGGGCCUCCUCCACUUAUGGAAUGGGCCAGGCCUUUGAGGGAAAUAAACGGCCCCGCGUUGGUGGUUUACCAAACGAGAAUGAUGAUGAUCACCUUGUAGUACUCUGAAUUUUAUAUAUAAUAUUAGUCACUAAUUUCUUAUGAAAAUUUAUCGACGUAAUGUUUACUACUUAUGGAAUAGAAAGUUAUACAUUUAAGAG